AUUGUGAUUGGGAGAGGACUGUCAGAAGGCUCUAGAAAGCACAAUUUUGCUGUAAAAGGCAAAGAUCAUCUACCUAUACAUUUUACAAGAAAUGUGCAGAAAGCCAUUGAUAAAUAUACCUGUGAAUCGGUGUCAUCAUUUUCAUCCACCGGAACCAGCACGCCCACAGAGGCACCCAACUCUUGGUCCGGGACACAGAGUUCCACCACUGGGUUAUCUACAGAAAGGAGCUCAGUGUACUCUUGGAGAGAUGAUGAGUUUGACAAAGACAAUGCACAGAAGGUGCAGCAGUUAUUCUGGGAGGUUGAGGAAAUGUUAUUUGAAGGGAAAGUAAGUGCUCAGACCCAGAAUCUACUGGCCGAAUGCAGUGAGUGGGCCAGAAGAUCCCUCCACCUGAGAGUAUUAGGAAGACAGCUCAUCCUGCCAACUGAUGAAGGCUUCCAGCACUUCCGAGUCAGUGGGCCUAGCUCUGUAACCCACAAACCCUUACUUGAAUCCUAUGAAUGUGGCAGCAACAUCAGAGAACUGUGCAUCUCUGGCUCUCAAAUCCUCCCAGCAGCACUCUCAGCUCCUGCCCUUCAGGGGGCUGAGGGCACUGGGAUUGCUGACCUAGAAGCAUGUUCACGCCUGGAAGAAGAGGUUUACGACGUGGAUGGGAAGAUUGAAGAGUAUUUUGCUUUCGAUGGAGAAGAAGAUGACGAUGAAUAUCUUCAGCACAAAAAAGUUCACCGUGGUAGAAAAUGGCAUAAGCAUGGACUUCCUCCCAUCUCCCCUCAUGACUGUAUCAAAGAUGCGGUGGCUGCAGAGGUGUUUGAUCACAUCUGGAGAGAUAUGGUAGAGCUUUUGAAAGAGCUGGUUAGAAAACACUGGAGAACUGUACUCUCAGAAGGAAAAAAACAAAAAGAAAAAUUGAAAGUAACUGAGAAUAAAUCUCAACAUACAGUCAUUUCUCGAUGUAACCCUGAAACAUCAAGUGUUCCUCCAUCCAGAAGUUCUGAAACUCGAAGCAUAUCCCUGGCUUCUCAUCUUAUUCCACCUCAGAUUCAUCGCUUCUCCAACAAUUUUUAUAGUGAUUUAAAUGGUGUGAUGACAAUUCAAGCUAAACCACUUCAACAGAGACCUACCUAUUUUGCAGACAGAACACAUAAUGAACAAGAGGAGAAAUCAACAGAUAUAGGGGCCAGUGUGCCUUCCUCAGCACGGCACCGACGUGCAAGAAUCUUAGAUGCUCGAGGACUACAGAACUCUGCCAAGAAAACACCCAUGCACAGGAGACUGCCUUCUCUCACUUCAGAUUCACAGAGAAUUAAAACUCCCAAUGUGUACAGCGAUGAAGUUCUUAGGGGAACAAAAUUGCAGACUGGCACAGAUAACUUGUCCUCCCCGGUCCAAACCUCACGGAGCAGGUUACCUCCAAUAGGCUCAGAGACUGGUGAGCAGAAUGCAGCAGUUCCUGGAUCCCUCCCUGUUUCUUACAGAGGGAGGAAUCCACAAAAUCGUGUGUUAAGUGCAAUACCUGACACUGUAGAUCGAUCACCUCUCCGAGAAAGAACUCUUACCAUGGACCAGUUUUCAAGGCCCAGCACAACCCAUACAUUCCAAUCAGAUACACCUCAGAAAAGUUCAUUGACACCAGUGGAAUUUGCUGGCCACACGUGGACAGGUCAAAGUUUUCUGACAGGUUCACAGUAUCCACCUAAAUCAUUUCAGAGGACAGCUUUGACUUCAAGAAAAAGAUUCCAAGUGGCAUCUUGA